AUGGCACAAGAAAAUCCACUCGAAAAUCGUGAAGGAAAUAGUGGGGUUGCUCCCAGGAAUUCGGGUAGAGUCGUUGCACAGAGCAACACCAUCAAAAUCGGUUACAUGUAUUGUGAUGUCAUCCAGUUUUACUACAAUCAACUUAAAGAAUACCCCGACGACUCAUAUGUUGAUUUCUUAUGGAGCCAUAUCUUGAGGAUGUACUUCACCCUAGACGGUGGCUAUGGUGUUGAAAUACCGAUCACAACUCCGCCGAGUACGUUUAGUGUGCGCUGUAUCAGACAGGUCCCGCAUUUUCACCUAAGGAAAAUCUGGCUUGUUGUGGAUAAUCGAGUGGAGGAGGAGGUGAACAGCUCAACGUGGGACCAGGGAAUCGAGCAGCUGGGGAGUGUUUGA